AUGUCUGGCAAGCUCGAUCAAUCACUCGACACCAUCAUGGCCGAGACCGGCGCCAACAAGGGUGGCCGCGGCCGACGUAGAGCCCCGCAACGCGCUGCCACCCGUGCGACAAGCACGACAACCGCUGCACCUUCCGGCGGCAUUCAGAAGGCCACCAAGGCCAUCAAGGCACCCACAGCGCCCGCUGUUCAACCCCGAGGCGACGGCAAGGUCAUGGUCAGCAACUUGCCUCAGGAUAUCACUGAGACUCAGCUCAAGGACUUCUUUGGCAAGGCUAUUGGAGGUGUAAGGAAGGUGCUGCUCGCUUACGGACCGAACGGACGCAGCCGUGGCGACGCUACAGUCAUCUUCACCACAUACAACAGGGCAGCCGAGGCAGUCAAGGCCUACAACGGCAUCAAAGUCGACAACAGGCCAAUGAGGAUCGAGCUGGUUGGUGGUACCGUGCCUGUUUCUGCACCAAAGGCUCUCGCGGAUCGCAUGGCUAAGCCGAAGAACGCUGCCAAGGAGAAUGCGAAGAAGCCUGUUGCUGGCAAAGCCGUUGGCGCGAAGCCUGUCAACAACGGCGAGGCGGCUAAGGGUGGACGAGGCAAGAAGAGCGGCCGUAGCGGUAGGCCAAAGGCUAAGACUGCCGAAGAGCUGGACGCGGAGAUGCAGGACUACUUCAACCCCAACGGCGAGGCCACUGGCGCAGCUCCGGCUGCUAUCAACGGCGGCGACGCUGUCAUGCAGACGGACGAGGUGUUGUGA